GUUGAUUUAUUGGCUAGUAGGCGUCCACUGUGGCAUUUGGUUCGGUGUUUUUGCUACAUAGAUAAUUGUUUUGAGAUAUUCGUUAAUUAAAUCGAUCAUGAACGUUUUGACAAGAAGUGUACUGAACGUAGCAAGGUCUUUUAUAGGAAAUUCCACCGAAGUCAACAAAUUCCAUGUAGCAGGACAUUAUGGCAAUACCGGUAUUCAAGUUUUUACAGGCGGUUUAGUAAAUAAUAUGAGAGCAUCUUUGGGCAAUAUGUUACAAGCUUUCGAACAGAUCAGAUGGAAAUGUUCGUUGCAGCAGUUACAUAAAAGAGGAUUGAAAGAUAAGAAGGUAAAAAAAUCCAAGAAUCCUCUGAGUGGAAAACCUUUUGCGAAGGGCGUCAUUCUGAGAACAGUUAUUAAAAAACCAAAGAAGCCAAAUUCUGCUAAUCGGAAGUGCGUUGUCGUUAAGCUAUCCACCGGAAAAGAAAUGACUGCCUACGUACCUGGAAUAGGUCAUAAUUUGCAAGAACACAAUGUGGUAUUGUGUCGAGUGGGAAGAUUGCAAGAUACGCCCGGUGUUAAAAUAAAAUGUAUCCGUGGAAAAUAUGAUCUUCCGCAUGUAAAAAAAAAUUAACGUACGCGCGAUAAUCGAAGUAAAACAUUGUAAAUAUAAUAAAAUGGAUAUAUAUAUAUAUACAUAUACACGCAUGUAUGUAUAAAAUCUGUGGAAGAGUUCAAAGUGUGUGACGAAAGUAAAGUACAGUUAUCUUGCUAUUCGAUCUCUGCCAGAAAUAUAAAUUUGGCGUAGCCGUGCUUUUGAAUCCUGAUGCGUCCGUAAAUUGCGACCCUUUGACACACAUUUCGAAUACCGUAUUCUCCCGUAUUUCCAUCUAACGGUAAACGGUUAGUCCUUUACACAGACGUGGACCCACGUACAAUGCAUUCUGACGUCGAGAUGCCACAAUGGAGAAAGGGUUCUGGUACAGCCCUCGUCUUUCGACGUUAUUACGGAAGGGUUGCACGCGGACUUUUACGCAUCUGCACUUUCCACGUUCACCCACGCCGGUCACUGCCUGCCUAUUGACCAUAUGACAUCCUGACCAACAUCUAGAUAUUUUCGAAAAAUUGGUUCUCAACCAGUCUACGAAAUAACUUGUUCUCGAUAUCGAACGAAUAUGAAUCUGAUUAUUGACACACGUACACACAUACACACACAUUGUACUGUGCUUGCUCGCAAAACUAUUUUAUAUUUUUAGGCAAAACGAGAUGUGACUGAACCGGCGAUUACGAGAAUAAAAAAAAAUUAAUUAAAAAU